AUGGAUACCAGGUCAGACAACGUCAACUCCUCCCUCCUCCUUGACGGCCAGCGACUUUCCUCGUCCCUCCCUCCCCAGCCGUGGCUCAAUCACACUCCAGUAACAUCUCGUGGAUGUACCCGUCUGUUUGACCCUGCUGUUUCUUCUUCUCCUCUUGACGAGUCCACUCUUGCACGUCGCACAGCAGCUCUACGUCAACUGAAUGGCCUCCCGCGCCCGUUUCACCGUAUACACCGCCAUACUACUUCUGCUAGCAGCCGGUCAUCUCUCCCCUCCCAACCUGUCAUAGUGAGGACUUAUUCCGCCGAAGCCGAUGCUCAGAUACGGCCGUCUGCCAUGUCACAAGGAUCAGGUCUUCUAGCAAACGGAUCUGCCGCAGAUAGGUUAUCUGUACAGAUACCAUCUGUUCAGGAUUUCAGCAUUGAUGGAAUUCUCCGGGCAAUUGAGCCUGAUAUUCAAAGUACACUUGAUGCUAUCGCUGAAAUAUGUGGAAGAAGCAAGCUGAGUCUUGCGAAUGAGUAUGGAAGUCAUCGCCCGCCUCUGGGGGAAAUUCGCGCUUCUGGCAGAUCAGCAGAUCCCGGCCUUCUACCUGUCGAGGAAGCUAGCUCAAGUAGCGAAAGGCUGGUUGACCAAAACAUUGUCAUCCUAGGGGAUGAUACCAGCACGUUUGGCGAACGGAAUCCGUUCUUGUCUACAUACCAUUUGCUAGUGAAUGCGCACGAAGACACUGGUGCAUUACCCUAUGGAUCUACCAUGCUCCCUAACUGGAGUCCAGAUCCAUCCUCUCAACAAACUGUUAUACCACCUAGAAAUUCCUCGUGUGAAACAGGGACCCAAUCUUUGCUACUGACCAGCGAGGGUAGACAUCCCAGACACAGUUUUGACUGGUCUUUGCUUGGACGAGGCACGGAACAUAGGCGUCAACAUCACCACAGUAUCUCGACGCAACCCGUUGUCUCAGAAGUACACUUGGAUGCUCAGGCAGACGGAACUUAUCUAAUGGACACGUCUUGGGAGUCAUACCAUCGCGAGACUUCUGGGGAGACAGAUGAUUAUUCAAGGAAUCCUGCCAUGGACGAUUCACUUCUAUUGCGAAUUCGAGUUGAAAGACUGUCGUCCCUCUCUGAUCUGCAGGGACUGCUCUCAUGGUUUAGAAACGUAGGGCACCGCCUUGAUAGAGCUGGUGACUCAGUACCUUCCCAAACUGCUGAAAUGAGGCUUCGUGACGUUCUCCAGAGGCAACACAGUAGCAUUUCAGGUGCGGUGUCGGCUGGAAAUGCAUAG